AUGCAUCUCACGACGACGUUGGCGCUUCGCCGAAUUCUCAACAGCGGAUUCCAUCCGUUCCAGGUCAUUCCGAAGCCGGACGUGUGGCUGAAACGCGAGCGGCUCAAUCGAUUCACAGCUGUAAGUGAUAAUAUAACUGAAAAUUUCGGAAAAAUUAGAAAUGUAUCACUGAAAAACGGUUUUCAGUGGCAAUACGCAUCGGAGAGAAGCACAGUGAAGGGAGCCUACCGGAAAGAGGACAAAAUCUUUACGUAUUUGAGUAUGCAGCGCGAGGACGAACCGAAAUUGGAGAAAUUUGUAAGUAAAAAAUGGAAAAAAACCUUUAGAGUUCUCAAUUCUGUUCCAGAACGUUUUUUGAAAUGAAAUCUUUGUAAACUCUCAAAAAAUCCUCACUUUCAGCACGCAGAAGAGCGAGUUCGAGCGGCGCUGGCCGAGCACGACAUGGAGUACCCGAAAUUCCGGACGGUGCUCUCGAAAGCGCACAUUUUGCUCGACAAUAUCUGUCUUUCGCAGUUGGCCAUCUACGAGCCGAGAUCGUUCAGGGUAGGCGUGAAAAGUCCAAUUUUUUAACCUAAAAAUGCCUGAAAGUCGUCAAAAACCCUUGGUUUCCCUACUUUUUCCAAUUUUCAGAGCCUCGUCGCAUUCACCAAGGAACUGGCGCGUCAGGAAGGAAUGGAGGUGAUUCCGGACGAUCCCGAGUUCGCCUAUGAUGUUAGUUUCUUCAAAAAUUGCAUUUUAGCUCAUUUUCUCUUCAAUUUUCAGGUGCACGUGGACAACCAAUCAGUGCUGCGUGCUCCGUUGCCACGUGCGGUCGAGUACACGCGCGGUGCGGCCGAGAAUCACACGUUUAAACCGAGAAAACUGCGAGAAGACGAAUUUUAG